UAAGCUUGGCCAAGCUACUAUUUUGGUCGUCACAAGUCCCCCUGUUUACUCUGGGAGCAUGGGAGCGGACAUCAGGACUGUGGUCCUUGCAUUGGAGAUCUCCAUUUUCCAACCUUGUCGUCGCAAAGUCUGUUUUCAGGCCGGGCAGAAGGUAAAGUUUGUGCCAGCUCAGUGGAUUAGAAAGGACCUAAUUUCAAAAUGUGGAACUCCAGAUCCUCCCUGUUCCAGUUCUGUUUGUGUCUGGUGGUUUGUACGGGCUUCUGCACCUGUAAACCUCUCAAUAAUGACAUCCGGAGUGAGGACCCUGAGGGACUCUACUCCCAGCUGUCAGAGGAGGAUCUUCUAGUGGAGGAAGAAGACGACUUCAGGAUGGAGGAUCUCCUGGGAACAAUGAAGGAGGACUUUCUGAGGAAACUCAACCUGUCGGAUGUUCCUCAGGAAAACAGCAAGAUCUGCCCUCCUCAAUUCAUGAUGGAGCUCUACAACAAGUACGCCUCGAACAGCUCGGCAAACCCUCAGUCUGAUGUCAUUCGAAGCUUCACCGUCCAAGAUAUCCCUCUCUCUGUGACAAACGGAACAAAGUCGAGGCACAGGCUCCACUUCAACGUCAGUAUCCCCAACCAUGAGAAGAUCACCACUGGUGAACUGCAGCUCUUCUUCUUCCCAGAAGCCGGAUCAAGGGUCCCCUCCCACAAUGUCAUGGCCACCAUCAAAGUCUAUGAAGUAGAUUACAACACUUUUCCAGCCACCACCCAAGUGGUGGUUGGUAAAGAGGUGACGGGCUUUGAGAGCACGUGGGAGACUUUUGAUGUGACCACAGCUAUUCAGAGCUGGAUCAAGUCGGGCCAUGGAGCAUUGGCGUUUGACGUUGUGGUGGAUGGGAAGGAUUGUGGGGCCUCUGAAGACGAAGAAGAAAGCGCAGGCUGUUUGAAUUUGAGCGUGUCGGUUGGAGAUAAUACUUCAGCGGCUUUGAUAGUCUUCUCAGAUGACCUGGGUAGCAAGAGGAUGGAAACAAAGAAGGAAUUAAGGGAAAUGAUCCUGCACGAGGAAGAAACCAUCCUACACUCCGGCGCCGGAAACGAGAUCCCGGAGGUUCAACAACCACGGAGACAGAAACGAAAGGCAGAGAGGGAAUACUGCCGGCGGUCCUCUCUCAAGGUCAACUUUAAGGACAUCGGCUGGGACAGCUGGAUCGUGGCGCCUCCAGAAUAUGACGCCUUUGAAUGUCGAGGUCUGUGUUACCACCCGUUGACGGACGAAUCAACCCCUUCAAAACACGCCCUCAUCCAGACGCUGAUGAACAUCAAGAACCCCAAGAAGGCUAACAUGGCCUGCUGCGUCCCCAUCAAACUGGACCCCAUCACAGUCAUGUAUCAGGAGAACGGACGCCUCACUAUAAGAUACCUUUAUGAGGAGAUGAAGGUGGCAGAGUGUGGCUGCAGGUAGUCAGAGAGAAUUGGUCUGCUGGUAGCCCAGGCGAUCAUAAUGGUUCAAAUGUUGCAUUUGAUUCAAGUCAGUCUGAUAUAUUUGUUUGGCCAGUAGAAGUAAGCUACCCCAGCUGGAAGAGGAAUGUAAAAUAUAACUUUAUACAUCCCAAUUUUGCAGCAGCUGCAGUUUAAAAAGUGCGUAGAACAUAGAUGGGUUGAAUUUUAAAACGUAACAGCAUUAGUGAAAGUGAUUAUGUUUACCAGGUUGACAUGAUGUUAGCAUGGUUACAUCUACAGCACUCAAGACAAGUAUAGCUGAGGUUUGUCGGCUUCAUUGGCUUCUCGGGAUUCAAAAAAACCAAAAACGUCUACCUUGUGGAACAAAAGGAAAGACAGUAGAUCACCAAAGUCAUAGGAGCUGUGUGGCAUUAAUGUCUGAACAAAAUCUCAUGGUAAUCUGUCAAAGGGUUCUUAGAACCAAGCCGCUUGCAUUACUAGCAGUAUAAUAAAGUCAUGCAAUUUCUUGCAUUAAACAUACUUUUUGUACCUUUUUACACCGUUGUCAUGAAACAAUGCUGUGGCAUUUACAGUAAAUAAGUCUUAAACUCAAAAGGAAACCUCUUGACAGAUGGAAGCAACGAAAGGUCAGCUACAGUUUGUUGCGUGAGCUGUUAGGAAUUCUAAUGGAAACGAUGGACUUUUCUAAAAUUGUCUUGUUGUUUUUAUUUUUGUUGUUUUUUCAGCAUCUUGCAUUUUAACAUCAACAAGCAUUAAUCAAAAGGGUACAGAUCUUUACAUUGUGUAUUUAAUAAUGGAUAUGUGUACAUAAAAAGAUUGCCCAUACACUGUCUGGGUCAAAUCCAUUUUAACAAAACUGUAAAAAAUUAAACAAAAAACAUACCUUGAAAUAUCUGUUAUUGGAUCACUUUGGUUACUAUUACAACAACAUAAAAUUAUGUUUGUUUUUUGCAGUUAAGAGUGCAUCCAUCAGUGAUGUUAUUAAAAUAAAUUAAUUGACCUUUUGGGAUUGAUAGGGUGACAUUUAAUCGCAACCUGUUAAUCAUGUACUAGUUUUAGUGUAAAUCUGUACAUUGAAGUGUAAUUUGUUUAUAAUAAUAUAUAUUCAUACAUACUUGUACAGUAUUCAGCUUGAACAUACUACAUCACUGAGUGAAGAGUUUUUAUUGUACUGUAUGUCUCAUGAUGUCUACAUUUAGUUUCUGAGGCUUUCCCUUAAAUGAAUAAAGAAUCUCAUCCCAAAAGGAAUUUCUAACUAUUUUAGCUCCACCUUUAUUUUCAUGUCAA